AUGUCCACCUACUCUCUGCAGUCGCCUCCUGGAGCGCCUCCUGGUCCUGGGCAAGGCAUGCAGCCGCGGCUCACUUCGAUAGUGCGUCCAGCUGCCUACUACGUCCGGGCACCAGCUCCAGCAGUUCAAGUGCAAGUUGCCGGUGCUCCCCGACCCCCGGGCGGCCCGGGUGUCCCGGGUGCCGCCCCUUUGCCCCGGCCCGUGCGAUGGAGCGUGGCUCCGGGCACCGUGACUUCCCCCCUUGCGGGCCAUCCAGGUAUGCCCGUUGUGAGGCCAGUGCCGGUCGUGCCAAAGCAGCCGAUCCCAGCUGUGCCUGCAGGUGUCCAAGCUCUCCGUCCCGUGAAUGCCACAAGUCCGGUGCCAGUGCCGCAGCCCGGUCCUGCCGCUCCCGUCCACCCUUUACAAGUCCUCGGCCAGUCUCUGGCAGUGGCCCAGGCCCCGGCGCAGGCGGAGCAGGAGCCGGAAACCUCUGAGGAGACGCGACCGGAGAGUGAGGCUUCCUCUGCAACUUCGCCAAGAAGUGCACCAAGUCCAGCGGGAGCCACCGCCAGCCCACCUACAGACUCGCCGAACGAUGUAAAGACACCUGAGCCGACUGGAACGCCAAAGGGCCAGCCUGUUCCUGCCGUGGAAGAACUGCGAAGCAAGAAGGUAGCUGCCGAGUCCAAUUCGGAUACAAAGCCGGCAGAAGAACCUAGAGACAGCAGUUGCACAAAGUCAGCUCGUCAUCGUGAUCAACCUGCAUUGGCAGUUCUUGCUGCGGCCUUCGCUGCUGGUACAGCGGAUGAUGUGCAUUUACAGCGUGGCUUUGCAGCCGACGUGCGCAAACUGGAACUUCCGGAAGCAGGAUUGUACCCGGACAUAGAGGACAUGGGUUCGGCUGAGUGGCCUACCUGGGUCGACAGCACAGCAGAGGACACCGGCCGCGGUGGUGCGAUUGCUUUUGUGCCCUCCUCCGUCCGGAGCGAUUCCCAUUGUAUAUACUUUGUACACGGCGGGGGAUUUGAGUACGGCUCCCCGCUGGAAGAUGGCUACGAUAGUCUUUGCUCGCGAAUAGCAGCAGGUUCAGGCCUUGUGGUUGUAUGUCCGGAUCAUCCUCUGUCCGGCGAGAGCCGGCCGUUCAAAGCACCGGAAAUCAUCGACGUGCUGCUGAAAGGUUUACGGUGGCUACUACGCUUCGACCCCGUGACAAAGGAGCGAAGGAAAGCUCCCCCGAAGCUGAUCGUCGCUGGGGACUCCGCUGGAGCCACGCAGGCGCUUUCAAUUGCAUUGCGUGCGCUGGAACAAGACGACACGGAACUGACAGCGUCACUUUGUGGGCUGGUGCUGAUUUCACCAUGGCUUGACCUGAGCUGUGGAAGCCACACCUAUGUGAGCAACGCCUAUGCAGAGGAGGGCGACACCGGCGAUCUCGCCUUUCGGGAGCAUGCCGAUGACAACAGAGCAUCUUUCCGUCGUAUGGCCAUGACAUACACCGGAUCAUCGGGGCUUCUCAAGGAUGCUACCUUUAGCCCAUACUGGCUGGUGCGCAACCUCGAGUCUGACCUCGUGGCCAAGCUUGCCAAGCUGCCUAUGUGGAUUUGUGCUGGUGCGGCAGAGACGCUGAGUGGCGAGGUCCUGGACUUUGCUCAGCGACUUCGGGGCAAGGUACCCAUUGAGGCAUGGCUCCAUGAAGGCAUGUUCCAUGACUGGGUGAUGUAUACAACAGACCAUCCCAUGCCUAGCAAAGAUGCUGCAAUGAACAACAUGUUUGACUUCAUUGCCAGGAUACGCGGUACAUCCUUCAACACUGCAAAUGGCAUUCAUUACUAUAUAGAUGAAUGGGAAUGA